CAAGAGUGAACGAGAGAGAGGAGGGAGGGCGAGCGGGCGAGCGAGCGAGCGAGGGAGGGAGCGGGUGAGAGAGAAAACUUUUCAGUUUUAAAGAGCGAGAGGAAGCGUGUGCUGGAGUCCCAACCAUGCAGGAGGAGCCAGGAGAAACGCUGGGAGGUGACAUCAACAGGGGGUCAAUGUGGCUAUGUCCUCUAUGCCAAGAAAGUCAACCAGACCGCGCAAAUCUCUCAUUUCACCUUACGGACAAACACAGUGUCCUCCCUGCUUGCCUUGAUAAGUUACUGGAUAUUGCUGCUCUCAAACACCCUUCCAUGGCUGAAGAUGAAGAACCCAUAGCCCUUAAUGAUGCAGAUGUCACAUCACCGCAGAUGAAUUUGGAGAACACAAAGUCCCCCUCGGUGGCUGCCCUAAAUAAGAGUGAAUCUACAGAUGCAGGUGACAAUGAUGAUUCUUCUCAGGACAAGGAGCUGGAUGAAGAGAUGGAGGGUUUGAAAAAUCAGGAGAAUGAUGCAGGGGGCUUGGAAUUGGAUCAGGAAAAUGUGGAUCAAUCUGCAAAAACACCAGAGGCUUCUGUAAGCAGUGGCAGUAAUACAAACAGCGUCACCUCCAAACGUGAUAACCGUCCAUUCAAGUGUAAUGCAUGUUUGGAGUCAUUUCCCACAAGAACGGCUUUGAGUGUUCAUUAUAAUUCAACCACCCAUAUUCAGAGAAUGAGAACAGGGACAGUGAAAGAAAAUGACUCAACCCCUUUCCUCGCUCGACCUUAUGUCUCCAACAAACCAUACCAGUGUGCCGUCUGUCGUGUCUCUUACAAUCAUGCCAUCACCCUGGAAAGUCAUUUAAAAUCUGUGUUGCACCAGAGUCGCAGCAGGAGUGCCGGGAACGCUACUCCAAGUUCCACUGUGAAUACAGGAAAUGGAACCAUGGUUACAAACUUGGCUGUGACUACCGUUGGAAGCACCGCACAGUUAGUUAACGCCUCCACCAGCAAUUGUAUCACCCAAGCAAACCUGACUACAUCAGCAGUAACGACCAAAGACGGAGAGCAGGUGCAGCCUCAGUUAGCACCUUCAUUACUUUCUUCUCCUGUGGCCUCUGCACAAGCGAUGUCUGCUAUUCUCACUCUCUUGACUUCCAGCCCAAAUUCUGUCCCACACUCCAUUCUUCCUUCUCUUUUUACAACUGGGGCAUCUGCAACACCGGGGGCUGCAACCCCGCAGCUUAUACCCCAGCAUCAGAUGCUUAUGCCCCUAGUGUUGAAUGGGCUGCAAACCCAAAUCCAGGGUCAGAAUUCAGACUCUCCAAACCAGCUUUUGCAGCAGGCUGUGCCAGUGCUGGGUCUGAGUGCCGCACAACAGGCUCUUUUGGCCCAAAGACUCAGCGGCUUACAAAGUCAGUGGGCUGCUUUUGGCAUCCCAACAACCACCACUCCACAGAAUUCAGAGGAGCCCAAUAACGGUGCAGACUUGACAGUAACAAGCAAGAUGAAAGUUGAGCCUUGUGAUCUGGCGAUGUCACUGAAAUCUGAAGAGGACUGGAAAAGUGAUGGUGUAAAAACAGAGUUUUGUAAUAAUGGUGACAACAAACAAGAAAUAGUUGAUGAUGGCACAAUGUGUGAUGAAAAAGAGCAAAUAAAAAGUGAUAAGGAAGUUAAGACAAAAGGUGAAAAGGGAAGUGAAAAGGAAGAUUCAAGCUCAAAAGUAAUCGAAGCAUCUGGAUCUCCAGUGCUUUCUGAUCCAAGCCAUGAUCUCAGCCAUAAGCAUACUGUUAACAGCUCGGGUCCUGUUAACUGCACCUUUCGUAACACUAACCUUGCCUUACGAUCUUCAGGCCAUAGGAUGGCUAAAGCAUACCCUCUCUUGUCUUCAGGACGUCCUUUGCUCACUGAGUUCCAGUCUCAGGUUCUGUGGGCCUUCCUAGAGUCACGAGAUGAUGCUGACACAUCAAGUCCACAGCGGGAGGAUUGCGAAGCCCUCGGCAGGGAGGUGGGUCUAACUGGGGAGGAGGUACGCAGAUGGUUCUUAGAUGCCUGGCAUGUCAAAGAUAGAGAGAGAUUAGACAGCUUUGAUGAUGAGAGAGACAGAAGUCUGGAGGAUGAAGAAGGUAAUUUAAUGAUCGACGAGAGUGAAGACGGACAUAGCCCAUCAGCUUCAGGCAGUCAUGCGAUUGACUUAUCCAAUAGUGCAGAAAGACACAGGGACAGGAUUGGUAAGACAAGCCCAAGAGAGUUGCUGUUGACAUCUGAUUCUGAAAAUGAAGAGUUUUACACCUCUGUCAUCGUGACUGAUGAAGAGAGUCAAAGUAGUUCAGUAAAGGAAGAAUCGGGUAGCCCGGUCAAACAACCUUUACAGGUAGAGAUGACGGGUGAAAAAUCCAGUGGUGGUGGAAAGGUUCUUCGUUCAACCACAGUCUUUCUCUCGGAUGCCGAGGAUGAGUAUGAUGAUGAAACAAGUGCAAAGAGAAGAAAGAGAGAGAGUGAGAUUGACAAAGAGGUAGAGGUCAAGCAGGAGAAACAAGACAUUGAUCUUGAUCUUCAGUUGGAGGAACAAGCAGACCCUCCAACUCCUCUUUCAGUUGCAGUUGAUCAUCAGGGGGUUCCAACUGGGAUCUUGCAACCACUGCCCCUGUCCCUUUCAUUGGCCCCACUUUCUACCCAGUUAUACAGCCCGUAUGUACUUUCGCUUCCUUCCUCAGUUAUCGGGGUUGGUGUUUCAGAGGGAGAUCGGGGUAAAGUGACAGCCUUUUCAAAAACUCGAGUAGUUACCAGAAAUUCAGCAGCACUUUCUGAACCCCUUAAUGCAUCUGCCACCAGCUCCUACCUAUCCAAUGGUAAUGAUUGUGAGGCAGCUUUGGACCUAAGCAUUGGGAAAAACCACAGCUCUACUAUAUCACCUUUAUCUACAACCAACAACCCCUCUGUACAGAAAAGUCAUUUGCUUGAUGGUCUGGGUCUGAGACCAGCAAAUAUUGGUAUUACUGGAGAUGGAGGUCUUAUUGUUGUUCAGGUGAAGCCCGAUUCUGCCAUCGCAAUCCCAUCUUCCAAUAACAGUACUAAUCGCAAUAAUUUGGCUAAGACUAGCACUGUGUACAUGAGGGCGGCAGAGAAAGUUAGCACACUCAUGGAAAGAGAAAAAGAGAAGGAGCAAGAAAAGGAGCAAGAUCAAAAGAGGCAAAAAGUACGACGCUUCAGGGACAUGAGACGGUCCAGGACCAUCAUCCAUGCCGACCAGCUGGAUAUUCUCUACGGAUGUUAUUUCAAAGAUCCAAAUCCGGGAAAACAUGAAUUUGAACAAAUAUCUGAGUGGGUUAACCUUCCGAAGAAAGUGGUUCAGAUCUGGUUCCAAAAUAUGAGGGCCAGGGAGCGAAAGGGAGAAGUUCGGUUUAUCAGUGAUGGCACUUUGGCGGCUGUUGGGAAACCACUAAUAAAGUUCACCUGGCCACUCACUAAACCCAUAGUCUCAUCCCCACCUAAACCAAACCCAAGCCCCUCUACUGGUUGGGCCUCUGGAAAAUCCCAAACUGGAAAUGUACCUCCAAAAACAGAAAAAGUGAAAGAGGAAGUCAAGGAACCGGUGAAAACCCCAACUCAAGGUCCAAGUAGAUUAAAUGAGAUGCCCUCCUUCACUGUUGUGUCUGCCAGUCCUUUAAUGGCACACAAGAUCAAAGCGGAAGCAACCCCGGUUACGAUGGUUAAAAUAGCUCCCAAGGUGUUGGCCACACCAGUUGCAGUUCCUCUCUUGGUCAGUGGGACUCCCGCAUCUCGAUCUGCUCAGAAAAGGAAGGUGGAGUCUGAUCAUACAGAUGAAGACGAUCCUGAUUACCAAGUAGAAGUUAAAUCUACCAAUCGCACAGUGCCAAAAUCGUCCACUACGCCAAUUAACAAAUCUUCUGCCCUGGCAUCUCAGAAACACAAUGGGCUCAAAUACUGGUCCCAAAAAGGUCCGUUCAAGAUAAACACUCUUUCAAGAGAACAAUUAGGCCUAAGUGCCCCGCGGCCAACACCCACCAUCACCACCAUGCCAUCCCCCGUGGCGGUUAAACCGCCUUCUGCUCCAAGCCAAAAAGAAACAAGCUACAUACAGCAGAACUUCACCCCAAGGCGACCCAGAACUCACCUGAAUGGUCUUCAGCUGUCCAUUCUCCAGUCAUGUUAUGAGACGUGCGCUCAUCCUAAUGCACUGGAGUGUGAGGCGAUAGGGACAGAGCUUGGGCUUCCACUAAAGGUUGUGCAAAUAUGGUUCCAAAACACACGUGCCAAGGAGAAACGCUGGAGGCUUCAACAAGAAAAGAUGUCCCCUAAUCCCAGUGACCCCUCUAAGAAGAUAGACGUUAGCUCGAGUAGCUACCUACAAUACAAUGCCCUUCGAGCCAACCGUCCCAUCCUUCCCAAACCUGUACAACUGACAGUUAUGGAACCUUCAUCAUAUACUGUCAACCAGUCAACAGGCCGUGAGACUUUGAGAGGCAAGUGCGAGGCCUGUGGGGUUGAAUUUGAAUCCAGGGCUGCAGCACGUGACCACGUCUUCUCACCGCGGCAUCUUGCCACCUUGAAAACCACUAACUUUGGUCAGCUUGCAUCGUUGGUCAGCAAUGGAUCUGGUACUGGGUCUACUGGUCUUGCAAUCCAGUCUUCUUCUCCAUCACCAGCUAGAAACUCCAGCUAAAGAAUGAAUUAAAGCUGGUGCAGUUUGCGGACCCACUAGACUUGUUGGCUUUCAGUAGACAGAAGAUGGGUGUUGGACUUUUAAGCUAUGUUUUUCAAGGCUCUAAGAUUGAAGUGGGCCCAGAUUGCUCUGGCCAUCUUCACUCUCUCCUUUGAUAUCAGCAAGACAUUGUUAUGUAGAGUCUUUGCAUACAGGGCUCCUUUUAAUGACCUAUGCCACAGCAUAAUUUUACUAUAAAUAAUCUACUGAAAUGAUAAUCAUGGACAUGCUAAUGCUUAUGUGACUAUGGUCCAUCUUUCACAACAUCAUCUCAGUUUAAGCUCCUAUAAUGUUGGGUAAUAAUGUACUGGCAUUUACACAAAACACUUUAUUUGAUUGGGAGACUCUGUUGUAAUGACGCACCCAAAAACUCAACCAAAGUGCUCUAGGUUGUUAAUUAUCUGGUACUGUUUUUGCUUGAGCUAGGGUGGUCUUAAACCUGUUUUAAAGCUUAUGUAGAGGAGGUGUUUCUAAGCUGAUUUAUUUUAAGUCAUCCUGUUAAUUCAAAGCAAUUUAUUCUGUAAACAGAAUUUUUCAUUAAACGUUCAGGUUAAGUUGGACGAAAUGUCUAGACUGUACUAACAGUUAAUGGUAAUGAAAUAAUAAGGAUGACGAAUAUGGCUGAAUUGUGGAAUAUGAAGAUUUUGGGAGAGUAUCAAAAUUCAGACACACAAAACUAGGAAGUUAACAGUAUGAUGCUAUUUUUUUUUAAACCAAACCAUCAUGACAAUCCUAUAUUCAUCAGCAGAACUCUAGUUGAGAGGUAAAGAUGUCAGAUGGUCAGAUACAGCACUUUGACCCUUUUAAAAUCUCAAACAUGUUUUUAAAGUUUUCUUGUUCCACAUAAAAACGAUUUUGUUGUAUGGCGAACUUCUAAUUCUUCAUCUAAUUAAAAUGAAGUAUUAAUCAGCAUUUCAUGUUAUUUUUAAAGGAUUAGCAUAGCACAUGGACAAAAAUGAAUCAGACCUAGCCGCUGUGCACGAAGCCAAAGUCUGUACUUUCCCAAUUUUAUAUGAAUUUGUGGAACAGCAAAAUUAUAUACUUUAUACCCUCUGAUCAUUUAAAUUUGUUAGAGAAUAACCCCAUAUUGUCAAUAGAAAAACACAAAGUUCAUUUAUUUAUGGUAAAAGCAAAAUCAUUUAGCGGUAUGGGAGAGAGUUGUCAUUUUUUCAUGUUCUUUAAGCAUUUUGUGUUGCAAACUGCAUGCUCAUACUGAGCUGGAUGAAAGUAUUUUCUUCAAAACCUGCCAGGAGAGAAGGAAAGGCUCCUUAGUGGACCUGUGAACUAUUCAUCAGGUCAACAGGAGGUGUGAUUUGAAGGACACGAAAUACUAAAGACGAUUUUCUUUUUUGGUUUUUAUUUUGUAUUUUACUGUUAUUGAUACUAUUAAUACUUUAACAAAAUGCUAAACUAAAAAAAGAUUUUUUUUAAUGAACUAUAUAAAGAAAAUGAUAUUCCAAAGUUAUUCUUUCUCUUGCUUUGUCUCAUUAAAUAAACCAAAAAGCAUUGGAUUGGAAGCGUUCAUAAUGCAAACUAUAAUGGAACUCCCUUGCCUUGACACUUUGAACUAGUCCAUGGUUUAAGCAUGAGCUACAUGUAAUUACAUUUUAGACAAGUCAACUUGGAAGUUUUUUUUUCAGUAUAUCUCAGCAAAUACAAGUUACUUUUGUUACAUUUUAUUGUCAAGUUGUAGCUCAUUAAAUGAACAUGGACUGGGUUGUAGUGCAGUGCAGGAUGUGGGAUCACACAGUGUUGCACUGUUCAGAGUAUAUAGGUAGAACAUGGAGAAAUGCUUUUUAUAUUAUCUUUUCACUUUUUCCAUUGACACUUGAUUAUCACUUGUUAUAUAACUGUACUUACUAUUUUUUCAGUAUUCUCAUCACUGUUUUGAUUACUAUUGAUAACGAUUUUAAUGGCAUCUCAAAUUUAGAGAUGUUAUUGAUAUGAAUAUUGAACGAUAAUGGUGGCAGUCUUGUUAUGAAAAAUUAGAAUACUGAUUAAGCUUGUUUUUCCCUCAUUUGUACCUUCAUUUUGUGUUGGUUCUCAUUUUUUCUUAUGCAGAAAACAAAUAAACUUAAAUUCAUGAA